GAAAGAGCAGAAUGCAUUGGGAGCAGGUUCUCCGUUCAAAGAAUUGUGAGAUCGAGAGGCUGGAGGGAAGUUUGUCUCAGGCAGCCCUGUGCAGCGUGGACGGUUCGCCCCCGGGCUCGGAGGACACGGCCCUCGAUCCUCAGCGCACACGACAGGCCAUAGAGCAGCUCAAGCAGAAGAUCCUGAAGCUAACGGAGCAGCUGCGCAUCGAGCAGGCGGCGCGCGAUGAGAACGUCGCCGAGUACCUCAAGCUCGCCAAUAACACAAACGACAAGCAGCAGGGCAGCAGGAUAAAACAGGUUUUCGAGAAAAAGAACCAGAAGUCGGCAGCAAGUAUCGCACAGCUCCAGCACAAACUAGAGCACUACCGCCGGCGCCUGCGCGAAACCGAGCAUGGCGGCGACCUGACCCGGCAGCCCAAGGGCGUCUUGCGUGACGUUCAGCAGGGCCUGCGCGGCGUGGGCGCACGGGUCAUCACGGGCAUCAGCGAGGGCGUUGUGGACAGCGUGCGGGGCGGCCUGUCGAGCUUCUCGCACGCCACGCAUUCGGCUGCCGGCGCCGUGGCGUCCAAGCCGCGUGAGUUCGCCCUGCUCUUGCGAAGCCGUUUCGGCAGCGCUGACAACAUCAGCUCGCUGAAGGACGGUGAGGAGCAUAACGGUGCCAGCGCCAGCGGGAACCUGCAGGGUAGUCCACGGUUCGGCAGCGAGGAGGACUGCUCGAGUGCAACGUCUGAUUCGGUCGGUGCAAACAGCAUGACCGGUGUGCUCGGCGGCCCACCCAGCUCCAGGGGGAACACGCUGGAGCGGGGCGGAAACAUGAGCAUGGACAUGUUGAUGCACGAGGUGCAGGAGCUUAGGGAGGUGCAGGGGCGACUGGAUGAAACUAUGGAGGCACUGAAGGGGCUCUAUCAGAGGGAGUACAUGCUCACCACACAGGCGCUGCAGGAGGAGCGGUUCAGGUACGAACGACUGGAGGAACAGUUGAAUGACUUGACAGAGCUCCAUCAGAACGAGAUCCUGAACCUGAAACAGGAGCUGGCCAGCAUGGAAGAGAAGAUGGCUUAUCAGUCCUAUGAGAGAGCUCGAGAUAUACAGGAGGCGCUGGAGGCUUGUCAGACACGCAUCUCCAAGAUGGAACUCCAGCAGCAGCAGCAGCAGGUGGUGCAGCUGGAGGGUCUGGAGAACGCCACCGUCCGCACCCUAAUCGGCAAACUCAUCAACGUCCUCCUCACGCUCAUGGCCGUCCUGCUGGUGUUCGUCUCCACCGUGUCCAACUGCGUGGCUCCGCUGAUGAAGACGCGCAGCCGCUCCUUCUCCACCCUCUUCUUCCUCCUGCUCUUCACCUUCUUGUGGAGAAACUGGGACGCACUCUCAGGACACACUCAUCGCAUUUUGCACAUGCCCAGAUGACCACGUCGUCCUCGAACCUCAACAGCCAAUAGCAUUACAAUAGCACGGUGCUUUGCCAACCUUCUAGUUGAGAGGCGUAUUAAACUGUGAAGUUUUUAUGAAA